AGAGAAAGUGUACCAGACUGAUAUAAACAUUGCGUUUGCAGCAGGGAGGCAGCACCACAAAAGCAAUGAAGUUUCUUUAAGAAAUGGGCCCAGUUCUUUUAAGUUUUAGUUGAUAUUGUUGUUACGUUAUUAUUAAAGAUGUCAAGAACAGUGACAGAUGGAGUGCGUGGAACUGUUGGUCGUACGACCUUUGGGGUGGAGGUUGAAGGAAGCAUCAAUGCAGUCAGUGCCUGCCGAGAUUCCUCCCAGGUGGUUGUUGCUGGAAGACAGGUUUUUAAGAUCUUCAGUGUGGAGGAGACCUGCUUCAGGGAGACACUGAAUCUGCGAGUGGGUCGGAUAACUCUCAGAUACAGCUGUUCCGAUGUGGUAUGGCAUCCACUGAAAGAUGAACUCUUAGCAACAGGUGCGACCAACGGCCAUGUGUGCACCUGGAACUUGCAGAAACACCAAGGCAACAAGCUGGAGCAGGAAUUCACCGACCACAGCCGGGGAGUGAACAGGGUUUGUUUCCAUCCGUCAGAGUGGCACAUACUGCUGAGUGGGUCGCAGGACGGGACCAUGAAAUUCUUCGAUCUUCGAACCAAUAAGUGCGAAGCAACUUUUGGCAAACAGAAUGACAGUGUGCGUGACAUCCAGUUUAGCCCUCAGAGCUCCUUCAACUUUGCCGCGACUUCAGACACCGGUGGCAUACAGACGUGGGAUUUUCGACGCACUGAUAAAUACCUGCUGAGCAACGUGGCCCACCUUGGCCCCGCCUUCUCCCUGGACUGGCACCCUGAAGACAGAAACCUCAUAGCGACGUGUGGACGAGAUAAGCUAAUCAAGGUUUGGCGAUUGGACAGUAGCGACAAUGGAAUGACCGUCGAGAACACCGUAUACUGCAUUGCGUCGGUAGCCCGCGUCAAGUGGCGACCGGAGAAGAAAUACUACAUCGCCAGUUGCUCCCAAGUUGUGGACCAGACGGUGUGCAUAUGGGAUAUCCGAAGGCCCUACAUGCCGUUUGCUGUGUUUGAGGAGCAUAAGGACAUGGCCACUGGUGUGGUAUGGAGGGAUCCCCAUGUCUUUAUGUCGGGAGGUAAAGAUGGCAUGCUGUAUCAACACAUCUUCAAGGAUGCCAAGCGACCCGCGGAAAGUGUGAGCCCAGUUGGUGUGUCCAUGAGUAUCUAUGGCAACAUCUGCCAAGUCCUGAGCAAGUCCAGCCAGCCAGAGAGCCAGCAGCAGGCUACCAACUACUCCAACACGCGCAAGCCUAUGAGCUUCCGACGCAGGGGACCGGCCGGGGUACAGGAUGUCUUCAGGCCGUACGAGAGCUCCAUGCUGGUGCACAACAAUCAGGAAAAGGGCACGUUUUCAGACUUGUUCGUAUCCUGUGCUCAAAGGUUUCAGCUCACUGGCCGCCCGUUUCCAGAGUUGUGUGAGCACAACGCCAACGUUUCACAAGAGCUGGGACGAUAUCAGGUUGCCCAGACAUGGAAUAUGCUGAAGUUGAUCUACAGUGACAACCCCAUGGCUAAACCGACAACGGCACCACCGGAAAGCCUCAAGCAAACCGACAACGAAAGAGUACCUGAGUUGUCAGUGACUCCACAACCCACCGACAACCCCAACCACACGGUAGAAUCAGCCGCAGGGCAGACAGAUGACGAUUCAGCACUCAGCGACAGCGAGCUGGACGGCCACACAGCCGCCACGCUGCAACCCCGUCACACACGCGACGGCAGCGGCGCGGCGGCUGCCGAUUUCUUCUUCGGGGAGCAAGUCCGGGUGGACGGGGAAGGAGAGGUGGACGAGAUUUACGACGAGGAACUGAACACGCUCAUUAUGGAUGCGUGGACGCUGCCCAACGAGGCGUUUACGCAGCGACACGAGAUCGUUGAUACUUACAGGCCACCGUCCCCAGAUCAGUCUCAGCAGUACAAGCCGAACACCGUAACUCCUGCAAUUGCAUUGAUUGACACGGAACCGGACUCUCUUGGCAACCAACUCCUUGUUGCCCCGGCGAUCAACCCCUCCGCUGCUAAGCAACUGCCGCUCCUCCAGCUGUCGGUCAAGUUCACCCCCAUCGUUGCCGACAUGUUGACCUUUUAUGCAAAUCAGGGAGAUGUUCAGAUGGCGGUGUCAGCGUUGAUCGUUCUCGGCGACCGCAUCCGAGAUAAGAUCAGCUUAGAUGACCAAGAACAGUGGUUCAUGUCUUACAUCGAUUUGCUGACCAGAUUCAAGUUGUGGUGUAUUUCCAGUGAGGUUACCAAACUCAGUAACCACAGCAACGUUAGCUCCAUCAAUCAGCAAUCCACCACGGUGUACACCAAGUGUAAUCACUGCAGUGCCCAGCUGGACCGGUACUCGUGGGCCUGUCAGCACACCAACUGCAGAAAACUCACCAACACUUGCUCCGUUUGUCAUUUACCAGUGAAAGGCCUGUACGUCUGGUGCCAAGGUUGUUCCCACGGCGGUCACAUACAACAUAUCCAAGAGUGGCUACAGGAGAAUCCAACGUGUCCGACGGGAUGUGGCCAUUACUGUGAAUACACGUGAAAUUGUGUCAACUUGAAAAAACAACCAUGUCCGCUGAACUGCGACUGUUUCUGGGAGUACAGAAUAUGAUACGGCAAUCAGUGCGCAUGCAGUACUUCUAGGAAACUCUAUGGGCGUCAUGGGUACGUCUGCGAUCGUCACUGUUCACAUGUACUACAUAACCCCCGAGGACUGACACACAAAGGGAGAACAAAAGAUCCUUUCAGUCCUUGAGCAUUUGGUCUUUUCUUGAAAACGGUCCGUGAUUGUACGGUUAUGUGCUUAGUCUAUGGGAGAGUGUUAUAUUACAGGGACAAAGGGAAACACAAAGUAUUGUCCUCGGGGGUAUAGUAAAACACGACCUGUGUUUGUUGCAGUCGCAGCAUACAGUUUUUAGUCGAUGGGAGAGUGUUAUAUUACAGUGACAAAGGGAAACACAAAGCAUUGUCCGCGGGGGUAUAGUAAAACAAGACCUGUGUUUGUUGCAGUCGCAGCAUACAGUUUUUAGUCUAUGGGAGAGUGUUAUAUUACAGGGACAAAGGGAAUCACAAAGCAUUGUCCACGGGGGUAUAGUAAAAUACGACCUGUGUUUGUUGCAGUCGCAGCAUGCAGUACCAAAACCGUCCGAGUUUGAACGGCCAAAGGCUUUAAGGUCACUUUUCUAGUUAUCCAACACCAAUCCAAAGUGAAGAUGAUAUAAUGUUGGUCUGAAAGGUGCCUGACUUUUUGUUGAAUGUUAACCAGAUGCUCCAGACUUCAGUUACCCUGGUCUGGUUCCCAGGAGUAUGCCAGCCUAAAGCACUUCAAUUCACAUAAACUGGUAUGAGUAAUUGUUUUAGGAAAGCGUUUGAUAUUUUCAAAAAAGCUGGAAAACCACAAUACCAACAUAAGGGAAGGAGUGAUGGUAACUUGAAGCACACUUGACAAAAAUACGAAAAAAUACCAAAAUAUCAGAAAAUCCACAGUAAUUUACUUACCAACCUUGUGUAUAGGAAUGAGGAGUGGGCCCCAACCUCCUUGAGAGUAUAAACACACUGAAAUACUGUACUUUUGCUUUCAUUCACUUUGAAAACUAUUUUCUUAAUUCCACAGCAAUCCAUACAACCAAAUAUAUACAGUUUGUCAAUAAAAUGUUAUUAUUUUAUUAUUAUUAUUAUUAAUGGUUUAUUUUAUUAAUCUUUUACCGCCAAAUGGCCGAAUUGCAGUUUAAUUCACACACAUUAAAAAUCGUUAUAUAUUAAAAUUGAAGAGAAUAAUACACCAUUUGAAAAAUACAUUGUACAAAUAAAUGUACAUGUAAAGUGGCUUCAUAAGUAUUCCGCGGGUUCUGUUUCUGUUUGAUUGUGUUUAUAUUUACAUCUACUGUAAGAUUUCCUACAACACUGUGAUCUGCUACUUAAUAUAUCAGAAAUAUCGUAGCAGUAAGAGGAGAAUUAUGGGUAGAAACUGGAUUAAGCCAAUCACAGCAAAGGCAAUGGUGUAGCUACCCGUGGUGUCGUACAUCCAACCUACAAUGGAGAAAAAAAAGAAUAAAAAGUUGCUGUUUAGAAACUAUA